UGGAAUUUCCCAACUGUAUGUGACUCACCAGUUCGCGUGUUUUGUAAAUGCAGUGUUUUUGUUGUAAUUGUUCAGCAAAAAAAAGGAGCAUAAUGUUUUUGAUUGGGAAAAAAGUGUUUUGGUGCAAGAAAUCUUAUUAAUUAGAAAACAUGCAAAGUUGCUGCAAUGACGGCUAAAAGGGAUCGCGUCGACGGUAGUAAAACGUCGUUUGCGUGGUCCAAGAAAUUCCCGUGCCUGUGCAAUAUACGACAUGCGAGAAGAAGGCUUGGCCCAUGGCCAUGCAACCGGUGGUAUAUCCAUAUCGUGCACUCUCACCAAAUCCCACCCGGAGAGAUCCCAAACCGUACGUGGAGCGUGGAAAUUGUUGGGCGGAAAAUUGCAGGAAAAGCUGUUAAGCGAAUAGAUGAAGCAAAGAGGAGACAAGCGAUUGCAGGAAGGCUUGGCUCGUAAAACUGGUACACUAACACAAGCACAAAAAAGCGAUCCGUAAACCCGCCAACAGAUGAUGUCCUUGGCGGGAAGGAACGUACUGGAAUAGGGAAUUUCGUGUAACGUCAUUUGCGUCUUUUUAGGGUUGCUGAAAGAGAAUGAUUCGGUUGGUGAGAAGAAUUACACUUUAAACGCAAGCAGUUACCAAUAGCAACAACGGUGGCAUGUUGAUGAAUUGAUUAAUCUUAAUUGAUGCUCCGUAGUGUAGGCACGAAACACACAAUUGGGAGUGUGCGUGUGCAAGCAAUGACAAAGUUUUUAUUGCUCCACUCGCGCUUCAUCUCGGGUAAUUAGCAUUUUACAAAACGGCCAUCCAGUAUAUUCAGUUCCCGGGCUGCCACUCAUGUGAAGCAGCAUCUCCCUUUGCCGGUGUCCACCAUGGGCCGAACGUGUGGAGCAAUAUAAUUAAUUUCAUGCCGUCAUCGGUCCGUCGACCAGUCGUGCCCGUUUCUCCCUACCGUUACGAUGUGACCAAUUCCGGCGGCAACGUUUUUAACGUUUGGGCUAGUUCCCUUCCCACGUUGCUGUUCGGUGCUGCACGAAACCUGCACAGACGCAAUCAAAACAAUCAUUCCCCCCUUGACCAACAUCAUGGUCAAAAUGGGAGAUCGGGUGUUGUACCGAGUUGAUGAAGUCAUGAUGGGAAAAAGUUGAUUUUUGUAACCACCCUUACGAAAGGACUUUUUCCAUCAUGUUGUCCGCCAAAUGUUCGACGAUGGCGAGCAAACAGCAAAGCCUACUGCGGGUGUUGAGAAAAGUAAACAAAAGCUUGUGCAAGGUUCGGGUGAUGCAGGAAAGUAGGUCAACAGCGAAAGCUUUUAGCGUCAACAGCAUCCAUGAAGGAUGAACUGUGGAAGUUGCUGUAAUGUAAUCGUGUGUGUGUGUGUGUGUAUUUUAAUAUUGUGUUUUUAUUAUAGAAUAUCAAUAUCCUUUUCUAACCCAUUCACAGCAGUGAAAAUGUUCUCAGUGAAAUAACCUGGAAGCGGUUCACAUUAAUGUGUAAUAAAUAAGGAAUUACAACAAACCUAAUUUAAUUUACCAAACAGUUAAGUCUGGUGUAAGUGUGUGAAGGAAUAAGAGUCCGGAAGGUGUAAUAAAACCAACGGAUCCUUUCAUCGUGUGUAAGUGUUGGUGAGUUUGUGCGUCGUGUCGUGUGCCCUACAAUCAGCACCUGUCGCAGCAGCUGGUCAAUUCGUCCUUGAGUUCCUGUACGUGAAAAUUCCCUCCAAAGUGUGUGCGUACCCCGAGUACGCGUAGUAAAACGUGUGCGCGUGUUGGAAUUGAAUAAGCGUGUAUGUGUGCUUGUGUGUAAAAAAGAAGAAUAAAGGAUAUCGAUUAAAAACCGGCACAAACAAAAUAGAAACGAGAGGAAAAGUACGUUGAAGUCUCCUGCCACAGCUCGAAGGGUGUCAAGAACGAGAGCUAAGGGAAUUGCGUCCUGUGGUCGAUUUUCGGUCAACGGUCUUGGAAAAGCAGUUGGACAACUACUCGAGAUAACUAAUAACAAUCAAUUCGCAAACAUUGUUGGAUCUUACUCGAUCAAAAGCACGCACCAGACGUUUCACAGGCAGUCAUCCAAAUCCAUCCUUGAUAAAGUACAAACAAGCGCACAUGCUGUGCAUAUCGAAGCUGAAACCAUCACCUAGCCACUUUAGCCAUCUUGCAUAAAGUUAAUUAAACCAUGUACAACAUGAGCGCGGCCAGCAUUCUCGAGCUACAAACGUGGAUCGUUUACCAACGCAUCGCAGCCGAGUGUGCGAACUGUUUGUUUAUGACGGAUAAUGCUUUCAAAGCGAAGGACAUUGGGUUGCGGGCGCAGAAGAAAAUCCUCUCACGGAUGGCAAGCAAAAAUGUUGCCAAAGUAUUCAUCGAUGGAACGACCGCAUCCCUGCUGGACAAUGUGUACCGACUGGUGAAAGUGCACACUGGCAGCAAAAAGGAUGCCGAACGGUUGGUGAAGAACAUUAUAAAAAUUGUAAUCAAAAUUGCAGUACUCCAUCGCAACGGACAGCUGAACGCAGAAGAACUGCGCCAGGCAGAUCGUUUCCGCAUCAAGUUUCAAACGCUCCAGAUGGCGAUACUGUCCUUCUACGAGGUGGACUACAGCUUUGAUUUGAACUAUCUGCAGAAAUCGCUUGGCGACUGCCGAAGUUUGCUCCGAUCGUGUGUGGUGCGCCAUCUGACGGACAAAUCGCUUGGUCGCAUUGACGAGGUGUUUGACACGUUCACGGAUUCCUCCCUGCUCGAGACGGCCUUCCGGCAAGACUCACCGUACCGGGAGAUAAUGGACAAGAUCGUGGUCGAUCUGAACAAAGCGAUGGAGAAUGGAGACAUUUAAUGCUGCCAUUGCUAAGGCACCCCGGCAAACGUCCGUCGAAAUUGGAAUAUUACAAAACAGAUGUCUUUCAUCUGCUGCCCGAAUGGAACCAGGAGCUCGAUUGGGUGGAAGGUCCAGCAUAUCUUCCCGCAUCUUGCACGAGCACCGCAAGGCUUUAGAUUUCUUCAGCAGCAGCAGCAGCAACAGCAACAGCAUCACCCCUAUCACAACAACUGCCACUUUUCGGUUGAAGCGAUAGAGUAUACACCAAACAAUGCGCAAAGUAAGCAACAAAGAAUGCAUAGACCUAUGUCGAUCGCGAAUCGAGAAACAAAACGAGUCACACAUACUAAUGGGGAAGUGGGAAAAAAAGGGAAAAGCUAAAUGGAUUAAAGCUUUUAUUUAAUGCAACGAUCGUGUUUAAGUUAAGUUACUAAAUAGCUACGUAGUCUUACAAAAACAAAGUACGCUAAGCCACGGUAUCGUCCGUGCAGCCGUUACGCACAGGAUAUGAUAGGUUAAAAAGCAUGCGUUUCAGGAACGAUAGAAAGCAACAUUCUGCUCUGGGGUCAUGUCCAUAUCAAUUAGACCAAUGAAUGGAGGAAUGAGCUUUUUGGAAGUAUUGCCACAGUAUUGUCAUAAUCCGAGGAAUGUUGGAAAUACCAUAAAUAGCUUCACCUUCACCUCACUUGUCACUGAUUACACAUCACCCGAACGUUACAAUCCAUUUGAAAUCGUUGGCAGAAACAUACGUGUGAAGCUGCUUACGGGACAGAAAACACGUACCAUAUCCCGCAUCUAGGUGAAACGAACUUAUCUCUACACUAACUCAACUGCAAAACAAAAACAACCAACACAGAAUGGACCAUUUUUGAUGAACACUUUUCUCGUAGCGGAAAGUCUAUUCUAUUCUCGCAUCUUUCUACAGCAAUAUUAGACUUAUCGUAAAUAUGCACCAGCGUAGCGCAGAACAAGAUCUGAAAAAUAUUCUACACAACAGAAAACAGGAGUGAAGCAUAUAUGUGUUCUACUACAGAACUACAAAACACGACACACUUUACACACUGAAAUAAUGUGCUUAUAGCGAGAACGAGAGAGGAUGAGCGAGAAAGUUUAAAAGUGAAUCGAAAAAAGGACAAAAGGAUGUUGUUGAAUGUUUCCUAAUGAACCGUGUUGUUGUUUGAGCGAUAUUGAAUGUUAAUUAACAAGUGGUAUGAAAAACGACUCAUGGACAGCAGCAGCAUCAGAUACUAAACGUUAUUAUGUAUGUAGGCAUGUGAAUUACGUGCGGGCAGGAAAAACAGUUGAUAUUAAUUGAAAUAAAAACUGACGAUAUUUUGAAUGGGCACCUAGAA